AUGCGUUACUUAUUAACGUUCGCAGUAAUAUUUGGCAGCGGUUUCCUAUUCCUGUUUAUGAACAAUGGUUUAAAUCUUAUCGUAAAUAAUGGCAGCGAUUCCAUGUGGAAACUACAGAGAUACAAUCAUGAUGAUAUAGACGGUACAUUCACAAUCAAAACAGAAGGAUGCACUAUCCCCGGUUUGAAACCUUUUGCUGAAGAUAUCAAGAAGUUUAUUGAGCAUCCAAUAAUUAAACCAUGUCGCAAUUUCAACGUAACACUUCUUGAUUAUAAUAACACACAUAUCUGGGUAAAAACUGAGCAUCUGCAAUUUUAUGAGAUACCUAAAAAUCAAAACAUAAUCUGCUGCUACAGAUCCUUCUACCGUCCACUGGCUAUUGCUGAUAUAACUUCAUCAGAUAUCGACGAUAGAGUUAAUUACGAAGCAUGUAUAGAAUUUUCAGACUACAUUGAAGUCAUGAACGAAUUCGUCAGAGUGUCCUGUGGUUACAAAGAUGUUUUAAUAUACGAGCAAUUUUUUAUCUUUACACCCAAGAAACAACUUUUAUCUUUAAAAGGUGACUAUAUCGAUGUGAUUCGAAAUCAGACAGCCUACAACGUUAUUAUAAUGGGCAUUGAUGCGCUCUCAAGAUUGAAUUUUCAUAGAACAAUGCCGAAGACGUUGGCGUAUCUGAAAAAGAAAGGUGCUAUAGAAUUUUAUGGUUAUAACAAAGUGGGUGAUAAUACUUUUCCUAAUCUGUCGCCUAUUCUUCUUGGAAUGAAAGACACAGAUUUAAAGAAGGCUUGCUGGCCGCAUGUAAGAGCUACUUUCGAUAAUUGUCCUUUUAUAUGGGAUUUAUUUAAAAGCGUCGGUUACUACACAGCGUUUGGUGAGGACACUUCCAGUUUAGGAACAUUUAACUUUGAAAAGGUCGGUUUCAGUCGAACUCCAACCGAUUACUAUUUGCAUACAUUCAUGCAUGAAGCUGAGCUGUAUACUGGUAAUAACAGAGAUUUCAACUCCUAUAUAUGUAUGGGAAAUAAAUACUUUUACAAAGUUUUAUUAGAUUACAUAGAAAAUUUGACAAUGUCUUUACGUAAUUCCAAACUCUUUGGAUUCUUUUGGGAAGUCACAAUGAGUCAUGACUAUUUAAACUAUCCUAUGGCGAUGGAUGAAGAAUAUGAAAUAUUUUUGAAGAAUUUAGACGACGCACGCUAUUUGGACGACACAAUUUUAAUAAUUCUAAGUGAUCAUGGAAUACGUUGGGGUGAUAUACGAUAUACGAAACAGGGGAGGUUGGAGGAGAGACUACCACUCUUGCAUAUUUUACUACCCGAGUCGUUUAGAGCGAACUAUUCUUUAGCUUACAAUAAUAUCAAACUAAACAGCAAUCGUCUUACUACACCGUUCGAUAUAUAUGCAACUUUAAUAGAUCUUUUACAUAUGGAUGGAAUAAGUAAUGAAAACUUGAAAUUGAGAAGCGAAACGUCUUACGGUAAUGACAGAGCUAUAAGUUUAUUUAUGCCUAUCCUGAGCAACCGUACUUGCACCACAGCGGGUAUAGACGAUCACUGGUGUACAUGUCGGAGAGGACGAAAGAUACCAAUCUUUAGCGCGGAAGCAUACGACGCUGCUGAUAAUUUAUUGACUUUAAUAAACCAACAACUAAAGGGAUAUUAUCGAUGCGCUCACUUAAUGCUCGAAGAAUUGAUAGAGGUGACGGAAAUCAUAUCAGGCACUCCGUAUGAGAAAGAAGAAGGUUGGAGAGAAUUUUUAGUUGUAAUACGGACAUCCCCUGGUGAUGCUGUGUUCGAAGCAACUCUUCGUCAGGAUGGUCAGACCUGGUCUCUCGCAGGAACAGUCAGCCGUCUGAACCUGUACGGACAGCAGGGCCACUGUAUACAUCAUUAUCAGCUUAAAUUAUAUUGUUUCUGUCGCUAG